AUGUCCGCGCAUUACGAAGUUCCCCAGACCCAGAAUACCGCCCCCGUCAUCGAAUACCGAUGUCUGUACACCACAGACAUCAAGCGCAAGCAGAAACGAUGGCAGGAUGGAAUCCUCAAGUUUCAUACCUUCAACAAGAAGAUUAUAAUAUGCGAUGACAGGCAUAACUUCAUAGGCGAUGCACAUUGGCGACAGCACUAUGACUUUGGCGAGGGAGAAGAGUUGAGGCUGGAACGGGGGGAUACACUGGUUCAGGUCGAGGAACAGACGGGAAUUGAAAACCGAGACCUCAGCGAGCUUUUGACCAAGCGACAGAAAGAGAAGGAAGGACGGGCGGCAGCCAUGGCAAAUGCAUCGCCCAACCCUGCCCACCGGCUUCAAAAUUUCGGAACCCCAUCCAACUCCCUGAAACCAAAAUCGUUGAAUGCUAUGUUAACUCCUUCCGGGCACCAUGGAAGAGCUGUUGUGUCCACAACAUCCCCGUUUGAAGAGCGACAACGCUCGAACAACGGAAAUCAAGGUAGCCAUGAGAACGAGCGGCCACCAAAGAGGAGGAAGCCAGAGUCGACUCAGGUCAAGUCUGGAUACGCCCAGCUGCUCACUGGCACCAAGUUGACCUUGGCCUCCUCGAAGCCGUCAAGCACGCCAACAAUAAGGUAUGAGCCAUUCAAUAGACCAGCUUUAUCUCACAAACCAAAAGCCACAAUUGACUUGACAUUGGAUGAUGACACGGAUAAUACUGGGUCGACGCCACCUGAACCCAUGUCGAGGGAUGAUUUUGUGAAGCAGAGGAAAGAAAAAGCCAAAGCCCAGAGAAUGAAGCGUCGAAGGUCGCCCCCACCUAAAAGUACUUAUGCUAGCAAUCUCACAGGCGUGGCUUUGUCGUUGAAUAGACCCGCUCCUACGUCGUCCCUGAAUAAGCCGAGUAAAAAAGCAGCUCCUCAAAUUCAAAUUCAAGGAAAUUCCAAUUCCUCGUCAGAAAAGGACGACAGCGACAACGAAGGAUUGCAACAACCUGAGCUUGAACCUAAGCAAGAUCUCCCAGAGGCUAGAAAUAAUUCAAUUCAGAAGAAAAAAGCCCAUUUACCAGAUGUCCCUGCUGAGCCACAGAGGAAAUCCGUGCCUGAGAGGCCAGUAUCUUCUCUGCGAAUCAAGUCUCGUCCGCCACGGAAGAUGAUGUGCAUGGAACGUCCCAGUUCCGGGGCAUCUGGAAAAAGGUCAAGUCUCAGCAUCUCUUUUAGUGACAACAGCGAGCCUCCUCAAUCUCAAGCAACUAUGCGCCUCGAAGCGUACACCAGGAAGCAGGAGGAAAACUUACAAGCACGAUUGGCUGGGAAGAAGCCAAGAUUGAACCUAGACCUGGAUGACUUUGCUUCGUCUCCUGUUCCCGACCCCCCUUUUGAUGGCGGUAUUAAUUAUCAGGAUAUUGAUCGAAGGCUGUCUCCAAAAGACCCUCCUCAAAUGGCGAAGAGCCACAUCUCUGAACCACUUGUCCCAACGAGAGGUACGACUCGGGAUUUCCGAACCGGAAUGACUGAGAACUCGGGGAACAAAAUCUCACUUGCAGAGAUAUUUGAGAAUGGAACAUCUGAUAGCGAUACGAUGUUUGAUGAACCCCCAAAAGCUAGAGUACCAUUGUCCAGGUCCAAUUCAAAUCGGAAUGCUGAGCAAAAUCUGUCGUCAAAACCUCCGACUCCCACACUGAAUACUCCUCAAGAGCCACACAACGUCAAGAUUCCACCUAAUCCUUCUGGGCUUAAGAGUCUUGCACGGAAUCAGGAACUAUCUUGUCUUCUCAAAGAGCCAAAAGAUGUCUCUGUAGACGUUAACCUGCCAGAAAAUAGUCUUGUUCAGGCCAUUGGCACAACCGAGGAACCCGGUGCCGAAGCAACGCGAUUGACUAAGCCUCUGAAAAAGAAUACUGCACCAAACACGGCUGAUACAUCACUUCAACCGGCAAGAAACCCCUCAUCGGCCAAGGCUUUGGAUUUGAUCGCAUCUCCCGAGGCAGACAAGCCUCCUGACGAAGUCGUCGAAGCCAAGGUUCAUCCAAAUGGGAUUUCGUUGCAGGAUUUGUCUCCGGAAUCAGCUGAGAUAACAGGACCUAGUUUUGAAGGUGUUCCCAUGGAUUUGGAUAAGAAGUUGAGACAUGACGACUCGAUGAGAAUGGCUAAUGAUUUUGCCAAGACUUCCUCAAUUGGUCGGUCAAAUGAGCCUGUGAAAGUGAUGGAUGUGGUCUCUGCUCGAAGCCCAGAUUUAACGAAAAUUGCACGUCGAGAUAGCGAUGGAAGUGUAACCAUGAAAUCGAAAAACGUAGUCGAAGAGAGAAACAACACUGAUAAACGACCUAUUUCAGCCCAGACUUCUGUUGAAACGGUCAAACCCUUUGAGCAAUCCGGAGCUCGGGGCUCAAAUACAAAAAAAAAGUCAUCCAAAUCCACUUCGCCGCCAGCGAUUAGUCGAGAGGCAUUGCAGGCGCCUAUGGCGCAUUUUCGAUCUAAUGUUCAAUCUGCAUCUACACUUGUACCGCCAGUUGAGGAGCAGCCAGCAAUCGGAGUUAUUGAGUCAGCUGUGCAACCGGGGCCCUUUGAUCAUGUUUCCUCUGACCUCCAAGGGAAGGUAGCAGUUCCAGACCUGCCACCCGAAGACGAUGCGAACUUGCCAGAGCCCAAGUCACUAGCUGCUCCCCCGACAGCCCAGGAAACUCCCAACAUCAGGCCACUCAAUACAGGUAGCUUUCGCUUGAUGCACAAUGUUGGUGGUCCCGUUGGGCAAAGCUUUAAUAAUAGCAGUGGAGGUAACGAUAUGGUGUUGAGUAUUGCAGCGAUGAAGAACAACCAGCCGUUCAAGUUGAGCAAGCCAAACCCAAGUCGGCCUCCUGUACCUGCGUUUUCUGCGGGUAAGAAUAAUGUGGAGAAUGAAGGCAGAAGGAGGGAGCGGAGACCAGUGACGGCCACGGGGCCGUGGAGUAAGGAAUCCUUCGAUCUGUUCGGAGACUGGGGUCCUUUGGUGUAG